UUAAAAAGGGCGUUUACGCUGUUGUGCGUGAAGCAGGAAAGACGUGUCCGCCUUCGCAUCUGGUACGUUUUUUGACCAGCACUGGCCGUUAGUCGGACUGACGUCGCCAGCAGCCUUCUUGUCCAUCAAUGGCCAAUUCAACCUUAAAUGCGCUGGACAACUCUGAUACUGGGAAAACUCCAAGCUAUAUAGCCUAUAUACUUGUGCCGGCUUUCUUCUUGCUGGGCAUCACCGGGGUGCUGAUCUGCCAGGUGCUGAAGAAGAAGGGCUACAGGUGCACCACUGCCCAGGAGGAUGAGCAGGUGUUUGAGGAACACAUUGAUCCUGAGCUGGGUGGAGAGCUGAAUGACACACUCAGUGAGAACAAUGACACCGUCGGACACAUCGUCCACUGCAUCAUGAAGAAUGAAGCAAACUCCGAUGCCCUUAAAGCCAUGAUUCAUGAGAACAGCAUCGAUUCAGAAGGGGCUCCGGUCACUCCCACCUCCGUAGGACCGUCCACCCCUCCCAUGACCCCCGUGUCACCUGGAGCACCCGCUGGAGCUCCCAAACACACCUGCAGCCACUUGCACACCAUCGGCGGCCUGUCGGGACACAAGAACAUCUGCACCCGUUGCAGCCAGAAAAAAUGGCCGCUGAUGAGGAAACCGUCAGCCCGCAAACCCGAGCAGCGCCGCAGUCACCUGGGAGAGGUCACGGUCCUGUCUGUGGGCAGGAACAAACAGAGAACCUGGAUAAAGGGAAGCUAUAGAAAGCCAGAUUUCCAAACAGGAUCUGGACGUCUUAAACCCAAACAAGAACAUUUAAAUAUGGACGCUGGAGGGAUCCAGGAAGUCAUCCUUUCACCGCGUUGCUCCGUAAGGAUGGUGGUUAUCUACCAGCUUAGGGAAGGUGCUGGUGCCUUGCCCAGUGGCAAUAAAGCAGGACCAGAGCCUGAUUCCAGGAUGAGAGCGGCUCUUUUUCUUUAUAUUUUAACUCUGCCUCCAAGUGACCCAUCAUGUGUAAACAAGUAUUUUAUAGAUGUAAAUAUAAAGGAGUGGUUUUCUUUGAGAGGAAGUUAAAACUGGGUUCAGCAACAACAUCACCAGGAAGUAGACAGAGCCUUUGGAUGACAUCAUCUCCUGUAUUGAGCUGGUUUUCACCUCAGAAUUCUGUUUUUAAUCUAAUCGUGUCUGUUUUACCACAAUAAAGAACUUUUGAGUACUCGCA